AUGGUGGAGCGUUCUGCUGGUGGCUUGGAUUUACUGCUCGGGGAUCUUUGUUUGGAGGGACCUGAACGUGCUUUGGAAAGUGAAGAAAAUUAUGGCCUGAUGAAGAAAUCAUCUUCUGUAUCAGAUCACCUUAACAUGUUUGCGUUACAUACGACGACUAAAAACCAUGACAGUGGAUACUAUGGAUUAAUUGCUACAAUGGAGGUGUAUGGGUACACUCUUAAUGUUAACCAGUUGAGCACCGGAGCAAUUUGGAUUCAGAGCCUUGAGGGUGAUUUUUAUCAAAACCUCAAUUCAAUUGUUGUUGGAUGGGUGGUUUGGCCAGCUCACUUUAAUGACUCACACACUCACCUUUUCACGGCUUGGACGAAAGACAGCCAUCGAAGUACAGGAUGUGUCAACGUGGAUUGUCCAGGGUUUAAGCUUGUGAGCGGGUCCCCUAUAUUUCCUGGUGAUAUCAUUGAACCAGUAUCUGAUAUUAAAGGGGUACGGCAAAAUAUUACCAUUAAAGUGUUCAAGGACAAAUCAAGUGGAAACUGGUGCUUAUACUGUGGUCUUAAUAGCGAUCCAAUCCCUGUGGGUUACUUUCCGGCAUCACUAUUUAGUAGCUUGUCUAUGAAAGCAUCUGAUAUCUCGGUGGGUGGUCAUGUUCUUUAUUCCCGAAGAGUUUCAUCACCUCCCAUGGGAAGCGGCGCCUUUGCAUCAGACAUGGGGAAAGCUGCAUCAAUCCGUGACAUUCAGCUCAUCGAUGAGGAUGGCAAAACCUCCCUAGUAAGCAAUGAUAUGCCAAUCACUGUCACAGACGACAAGCUCUACUCGGUCUCGCCGAUUGCAGGAGGAAAAUUCAACUACGGAGGGCCAGGGGGUCAGUCCGGAUGA